AUGUUGGACUCAGUUCCUCUCCAUUUUUUAUUUCUAAUUGUCACCACAGCUGUGAUUGCCGUUGGGGUGAUGGGAAAUGGAUUCAUCACUGUUGCGAGCGGCCUCGGCUGGCUCAGAAGCAAACAACUCUCACCGUUUGACAUGAUCCUGUUGGCCCUGAGCCUGUCCCGCCUCCUUUUCCUCGGGAUUACUUUGAGCUUCCUUUACUCGAUCUUCCUCGAUACCGACAAUCCAAAACCUCUGCCGACACCUGUCAUGUUCCUCUGGGCAUUUUUCAAUGCUGCUAGUCUGUGGAUAGCCACCUGCCUUGCUGUCUUUUACUGCAUGAAAAUUGCCAACUUUACCCAGCCGCUCCUCGUGAAGAUGAAGAUGAGGAUCACCAGCAUCGUCCCACACCUGCUUCUAGGAUCAGUGGUGGCCUCCUUCCUUGUUUCCCUUCCUUUGAUCUGGUUAGGACACUGCAGCCAUUGUUGCAAUGGGACAAGGGUUGCUAUGGGUGACAGUAAUGGAACAUGCUCUGAUGGGAACUUUCAGAUGCUAUGUUCUGCUAUUCUGUACAUUGGGGGGACUUUCCCUUCCUUUAUUAUAUGUUUAGCUUUUUCGGUCUUCUUAAUUCACUCACUUCUGCACCACAUUAAGACGCUUCAACAGAACGCGGAAGGUUUUAGAGAUCAGAGGAUGGAUGUUCACUUGAGAGCUAUCAAGACCCUGAUCUCAUUCCUUCUCCUCUACAGUGCAGCCUUUGCAUCUGAAGUCUCAUUCACUUUGUUCUUCAGUCCUUGGACAGUUCUCAUAUCCCUACUUGUGGUGGCUGCAUAUCAUUCGGGACAUGCCAUCGUUUUGAUUAUCACGAAUUCCAAACUCAAGCAGGCUUUCACCACAACUCUGUGUGAUACUGUGUGCCAGAGUCUGCAGACAACUGCAUCACCUUGCCAUCCCAAGACUCCGAAAGGAACUUGCCAGUCUUAA